AUGGCUGCCGUGCAGAGAGUGAAGCGAUGCCCCGGCUGCCACCAUACCAAGUUCAUCCAGGACAUGCUGGCCCUGCUGGGUGAUCUUUCCUGUGAAAACUGUGGUAUGGUCCAGGAGGAAAACCCCAUCAUAUCCGAAGUCCAGUUUGGUGAAUCCUCUUCUGGUGCUGCCAUGGUGCAGGGUGCCAUGGUCGGAGCUGACCAGGUGAGAGCUAAUUUCAGUAUGAGAAAUGCCAUGGAGCUGAGAGAACAGACGCUUCUUAGCGCCAAGCUGAAAAUCAAGAAAUUGGGAAGUGCCAUGAAGAUUCCCGAGUACAUUUUGGAGUCCGCAAGCGGCUGGUUCAAGCUUGCGUUGGUGCAGAACUUCGUCCAGGGUCGUCGUUCCCAGAACGUGAUCGCCGCCUGCUUGUAUGUGGCGUGUCGUCACGAAAAGACUCACCAUUUGUUGAUCGACUUCUCCUCGAGGCUCCAGAUCUCGGUAUUCUCGCUUGGUGCCACGUAUCUCAAGCUCGUGAGAGCUUUGCAAAUCCAGAAACUUCCGCUUGCCGACCCUUCCCUAUUUAUUCAACACUUUGCCGAAAGACUAGAUUUCGGUGACCAGACAGCCAAAAUCUGCAGAGACGCUACGAAACUUGCCCUGACUAUGGCCAAGGACUGGAUAUACGAGGGAAGACGGCCUGCCGGUAUCGCUGGAGCGUGCCUUAUGCUUGCGGCCAGAAUGAACGAUCAGAGAAGGUCCCACGGUGAAAUCGUGGCUAUCGCUCGUGUGGGUGAGGAAACCAUCCAAAAGAGACUUAACGAAUUUGGCAAGACGCAAUCUGGUGCCAUGACGCUUUCACAGUUCCGUGAGUCUGAGGGCGCUGCGUCAUCGCUUCCACCCUCCUUCACUCAGAAUCGUAAAAUCGAGCUGAGAAUUCUGAGCAUUUUGAGCCAGCGGUCCCGUGUUGUCAAGCAAUAUAGAAAACUCGCAAGCCGAAACAAAUUGUUUGACGUUUUGUUUGAGCAAGAGAGCGACAAGAGGCCUGUGCCAAAACUGGAAUCCAAUUCCGAUAUCGCAGCCCAGAAGUCUGACGAGAGUGAGAAGGAGAACACUAGGGAGGGCACGCCGAAGGACAGUGCAGAAGCUGCGACGGCAAAUGAGAGCAAUAAGGAGGCUGAGACGGGCGAAAGUGAGGUCGACAAGGGUGCUAAUGAAACGAAUGAGAAGAGCCAAGAGGAUAAUGCUAAAGGAGAGGCUAAUGAAACGAAUGAGAAGAGCCAAGAGGAUAAUGCUAAAGGAGAGGCUAAUGAAACGCCAACCAAAGCCAACGCCGAAAACGAUGGCGAAAACGAUGAAACCGCAAAUGGUAAUGAGGAAGCCGACGAUGAUGACGAAGACGAUGAGAUUUUCGACCUCUUACCGGAUGCAGAUGACCCUCCACCGCAGCCCAAAGACGAUCAGCCCUACAAACCCACAAGCAAACGACUCUCAGGCCUUCGAACGGACUUUGGUCUCCGAAACCGCCGCCUGCGACCCACUUAUGACGACAAUUCCUUUGAAAAAGAGUAUGAUGCCUUGCCUGCGAAGCAUGCUAGCCGUAAGAGACGCUCUACUACCGCCAGUGUGGUUAAGAAAGACGGCUUGUUGAGGUCAGUGUUGGCUGGAGGAGACCUCACAGAGAAAGAUGUGGAAACUGCUUUGGAGAUGAUUUGGAAAAAUCAGCAAAAGACGCUUCAGCAAUCACUCUAUCAAAUCCCGCUGGAAAGUCAGGCCAGAAGUCUUUUCGUCCCAGAGGAGGAAGGCCCUGAGUUUUCACCAACUCCUGAGGAAGUUGAUGGGGAUGAGGAGAGGCUAGCUAGGCAGAUCGAGCUCAACCGCCCUAGAAACUUGCUCAAGAAUUUGCCAACUACGGAGUCUCUUCUUAGUAAAGUCUCAGAUGAUCCUAAUUUGGGUGAUGACGAAGAUGACGACGAAAUUGAUUCCAUGCUUCUCAAUAAGAAGAUGAGCGAAGAUAAAGAAAAGAUUUGGACUUCUCUCAACUACGAGUUCUUGAUCGCUCAGGAAAAGCGUGUUUUGAAACAGGCAGCUGAUGAGAUUGCCGGAAACACGUCGGGCCAGCAGCGCAAAAGGAGAAGAAUCAAAGAUACUUCAAUGGAUCCAGUUUUGAACGAUGCUGCUGUUGCAAAUGCCAUUAGUCUGAUAGGAGAAGACGGGAAAGCUGCAACUCCUGCAGACAGCGCCAGACAAAUGUUUAACAAUAAGGCGUUUUCCAAGAAGAUUAACUACGACUCCAUUGGAUCACUUUUCCGAAGCGCCCCCACUGCCGCUGAUUCAUCGGUACUGCCGAAACCCAGUGUGUGA